UGGCAACGGUGUUCAACGGCAAGUGGUGGAUGCGUACACAGAAUUUACCAAUUUACACACAUCUGGUGUUUGUUGUUGUGCACAAUGAAUUUGUUGCGAGUAUUCAAAAGUGUUUUCAGGUUGUUUUAGCGGCAAUUAUAGCAUUGUUAUGAUUGAUAGACAAUUUUCAAAGACAAUGGGACAUCGGAAGUGCAUUCUUUGUGGAGUUAGCAGUGAAAAAACCUUCCUAUAGUUAUUGGUUGUUUUUACACUGUUUCCUAGUGAUAAGAAAAAACAAGAAGAAUGGUGCACUAUCGUCAAUAUUGACAUAAAUGAUUUACCACUUCAUGCCUUUAUUUCCGCAAAUCAUUUUCACAAAAGUGAUUUAAUAGAAGGCAAAAGAACUCAACUAAAGCAUUCAGCAGUUCCAUCAGUAGAGCCUUUGAGGCAAACAGAUGAUUCCAGUGAUGACGAGAAUGAAAUCAAUCUUGCCCAGGAAAUUGCCCUAAGCCAUUCAAAUAGUGAACAACUGGAAAGCAGGGAUCUACCUAGAUUAUAGACGAGGGAUGUUAUGGGAAUGUGCGGAACAAGAAAGUCUUCUACAGAUUGGUUAAUAAAAUCAUAACGCAAUCCUAUGGAGAAUGUGUUCCGGCCUCUGAACUUCAUGAAGGGUAUGACUGGCUGGCAAUGGAGUGGGUAGAUAUCAAUACCCAAUUACCACCAAGGAACCAGGUUUUUAAUGCAAUAUAUUAUUUACUAGAAUUGAUCUUGAAACCACUUAUUACAUCCCGCUAUAAACAUAUUCGCAACCCCAAAUCACAUGAAAUUAAUUUUUAUCCAAGAAAUUCUUGGCAAAUUUUCCAGUAUAAAGUCAGAAAUAAACUGAUUAGCUCUGGAUAUUUGGUGGCAGUGAGUCACGAGGUAGAAACUAUAGGGACGCUGACACUGUAUCCUAAAGAUAAAUGUGAAUCAUUAGAUUUUAGGGCUAUAAUGAAACCUACUGAAUCUCACAGAAACAUGAGAAGCCAAUUUAAAAAACUAGGUUCAAAAAUAAAAAGUCUCUACAAAGUAAAAUGCAAAUGUUUCAACGGACAACUUUAUGAAUGCUGGAAGAUGUAUACAGCCAACAUUGGUAAAACGCAGAUUCAUGCAAUAAAGAUUGAUUUACAUGAUGCUUUUGGUCAUGUCCAUAUUGACAAACUCUGUGAAAUAAUCAGUAAUAGUGACUUGGAAGACAGUGUUAAAAUGACUGUGAUCAAUCAUGUCAGAAACCAGUAUGUAAGUUUGAAUGGGGUACCUGUCAAGUGGAACCAUGGAUUAAUCCAGGGUGAUUACUUAUCCGCCUCAUUGUGUGAGCUUUAUAUAAGAAAUAUUGAAGAUGAAAUACUGGCCGAUUUUGAAACAGAACACUCAUUUAUUUUCCGUCAUGUUGACGAUUAUUUCUUUUGCUCUACAAACUUACAAGAUAUAAGCAAUUUUGAGGAUACCAUAGGUGGUUAUUUUAAAAUCAAUAAUAGCAAAACACAAAAAUCUAUCCAAGAUAGUCCAAUUAUUAACUUUUGCGGGCAUGAAUUUCAUAUUCGUACUAAGGAGGUCAGCAAAUCAUACGACCAAAAAAGGGUAAAUCGGCAUAGGUUCAAACCUUUGCGAAAAGACAGUCCAAACAUUAUAAAAAAUAACUGGUUAAAAAUAAAAAAUCCUAACGAAGAGCAGCUCAUAAUAAGUAGCGCCUUGAAAUACAGUUGCAGUAAACAUUGUUUCAGCAAUUUGACGAUAAAUACAAAUUUUAAUAGCGAGGAAAAGCUGUUAAAAAAUAUUGGUGACGGUAUGAUGUACCUAGCCUUCAAAUUCCACUUUGCCGUUUCAUCGGUAAAUUAUUGCCAAAAAGAAUGUAUGGAUUUGUUAGAGAUUAUUGUGGAUAAAAUAAUUGACUCUUAUACUAAGAUUUUAUUCAAAAAACACAUCAAAAAUAUUGGAAAGUUAUGCACCGGAAGGAUGCGAUUCAGACAUGUUCUAGCAACAUGUAUUAAUUCAUUUAUAAUAGUUUUAAAAAAGAAAGUCGAGUAUAAAGGUAUUGUAAAUCGGCUAGAGAUGAAAUACCAAGCUCUAUCCCUACCUAAAUGGUAUAGAAAAUUACCUAAGGAAUUCAUACAAAAAUUUUCUGUGAUAAAAAUGGACAGACUUUGUUCCAUUUGAACGGCCAUCUAGGAUUCAAAUCGCUUCACCUUUCAUUUUCAUUCACUAUUGCGGUCACAACUGUUGUUUAAUAUCAUUGGUACUUCGGAACUGUAGAUUUCCCAGUAUUGCUCAAUAUUGCUCUGUAUUCUUCAGCUGAACCUGCACACUUGACUCCUCAAGCCAGGUCGUGUAUCUUUAGUUCUGACUAAUAUGUAACUUUAUCUCUAUCCCUGUGUUUCCUUUGAUUUGACUUUUAGUCAUCAUCGCCGGCGAUGACGUCACAUGUUGAGGUAGGUCGCCACUAGUGGCGCCAUCUACUUGUUUUUGUAGUUUACUUUCGCAACGUCGUUACCAGUUACGGGUAGUCUCGCCUCAUUGCCGCUUGUCGGUUAACUAGUCCUUUUUGAAGGAAAAUAUUAGUAUAUUUUUAUUACUCCUAAGGAAAUUACUCCGAUCCCAUUUGGUAACAUUGCUGUUAGUCCUAAAGUUGUGUGUUGACCGUCGAUUUCCUAAAUCGGGUUGUCUAUCUUCUAGUUCACCUACUUCAAAAAUCAGCUGGUUCCACCUCCUUGGAAAUUGUUAAAAACCUAAUAUCUACCUAUGUAGGUAAUAAGCUUUUAGAGCCUUACACAAGAGAUUACUCAAUUUUGUCGAGUAUCCAGUAACAAAAGGAAAUUGUCGAUUUAGAAUUCAAGUUUUUUCAAACAUCAGGCAUACCUCUGCGAGUUUGGCUAGAACACAAGCUCUUAUUUGUCCUUGUGUAAUGUGCAAACACCUUAUUGUGACUGGAAUCAGGUUGCAUCACCUUACCUAAUCGAUCUGCGAGUCAACUUUUAACUAACGUUCUGCCUAAUACUAAUUUUGGGGGGUAACCUGUGGUUCUAUUUGGGAGGUACUUCAAAAAAGAUCAAAAAUAGCGUUCCAAUACUGUACAGGGUGUUUACAAAAUAAGGGGUAAAAAUUCAAGGGAUGAAUCUUUGGGCUAUUCUAUGACUAUUUUGUCCUUCACAGGCCCCUGAAGGACGACAGUGGAAAACGCAUUUUCUUAAAUAGCUUUUGAACUCAUAAUCCAGGGAAAUUUUUUACAGCACACUAUAUACUUGGGGCCUCACAUGUUGG